AUGUUAUAUAAAACAUCUGAUAACAACGACAUCUAUCUAUCUAUUUAUUUAUCUAUCUAUCUAUCUAUCUAUCUAUCUAUCUACUUAGUAAUGGAUAAAUAUUUUCUCCCUGAAUCUUUAUCUCCUUCUCUCUCUUUGUCUCUUUUUCUCUCUCUUUCUCACUUUCUCUUUCUUUCUAUCUUUCCACUAUUUUCUCUUUCUCAUUCACUCUCUUUUUUCUUUUUCUCACUCUCUUUAUCUCUCUCUUUCUUUUUCUGUCGCUCUGUCUCUCACUUUCUCUCUCUAUCUUUCUCUGAAUUAAAUGAUAAGCAAAUAAACAUGAAAAACUACAAAUGUAUUUGUAAUUUUUCUUUUCAUAUAAAACCGCCAUUUUCUCUCUCUUUUCUUCCCUCACUUUCGCUCAUUUUUCUUUCUUUUGCUCUUUUUCUCAUUCCUCCUCGCUUUAUCUCUCUUUCUUUUUCUCUCUCACACGCACACCGUUUCUCUCUCUCUCUUUUUUUUUCCCUUCACCUCGACAAUGCCUACUGGGAUCGUUUUUGUUCUUUUUUCUCUCUCUCUCUCUCUCUCAUUCACUCUUUUUUAUUUUCUCUCAUUUUCUCUCAUGUUUCUUUCUCUUGCUCUUUCUCUCUUUCCCCCGCUUUAUUUAUUUUCUCUCUCUCUCUCUCUUUCUUUGUACUAUAUCCAUUCAAGAUGAAGAUAGCCACGUCUCUCCAUAUUUUUCUACCUUUUACUUCUCUCAAUGUUUGCUCCAUAACGCUUUUUUAA